AUGGAUGAAGAUGCCUCUGAGGCAAGAUGCACGCUGGAGAGCUGUGCCAAUGUUCGGGACAACCUGAAGCGGCUAAUGAGGGAUACGAGACAGCGAGCCGAGGAUUUGAAUAAUUAUGCGAAAGUUCAAGCGGAAUCUGAAACUCUAAAAUUGAAGCUGGCCUCAGUGGACGCGAUGUUUCAACAAUGCGAACAAAAAGCGUUCGAAGCAACCAAUGCCAAAGAAAUUGCACAGGCUAGCCUGAAACAGAUCCAAACGGAUUGGGAAUACUUGAGAAAAAAGUGUGGAAUGCUUCAGGAGAAGGCAGACGAUGCGGAUAAGCAUCGAGAGCAAGCGAAUCACUGGCGUGACAAAUACGAUACAAUGUGCUCGCUGGCCGAGAAACUGGAAGAGAAUAAUAUCGAUAUCAAGUCGAGAUUCGAGGCAACCGUCAAAACUUUGGGUCUCGUCACGAAAAAGACCGUAUCCUAUCAGAAUCAGAUAUCCGAGUUGAAGACGUCGAAAAGCGAUGCCGCGCAGAAGACGAAAAAACUGGAUAAAUAUCUGAAAUCCGCGAUUAAAGUCAUUGAUUCGUUGUCUCAAUCCACGAAUAUCGCCCAACAACCAAAACCGAUCAAAGACCUCAUCCAAGUAUUCCGACGCGACGACGUUCGCCUAUUCUUCAAUUCCGACCCAUUCAAAGAUGCAUCUGGAGCGUCCACGUCAUCAGCUCCACCUCCGCAAAUGGAGGAUUCAGAUGACGAUAUGGAAGUGGAUCGUCCACCACAAGACGAUUCACUACUUCUGGGCUCCAGACUUUCAGACGACGACGACGAAGUUGACGUGGAUGUUCAGAAGCUAGAGAGUCUUCUGACGACGUCAGCGAAGCCUUCAGAGUGUCCAGAAUUCACCGCGGAAGUCAAGAAGUCGUCAAAACCGAGAGCGCCACGUGUCGUGGAUGUGAAAAAUUUGAAGAGGUGGCCAGAAGGCAUUAAGAAGCCGUCUGCUACUGAUUACGGAGGUAUCAUAUCAACAAGAACUGUUCAUUCUAGACGAGUUGCCACGUUUGACUUUGAUGCUGUGGAAAAAGCAGCUACUGAAGCAAGAAAAACGGAUUCUGAAGGUGCCACGUCUUCAGCCACAGCUUCUGGAGCCGCUUCUGGAGCCACAAUCCAUGGAAAGAAGGGUAAAACGGUGCGAGAACAACAGGAGGAGAUGAUGAGGAAGGAGACGGUCAAGGAGAAAGUGGCUAGAAUGCGUGCGGAAGCGAAGAAAAAACCUCAGAAGACGUCGAAAGAUGUGCCAGAAGAAACUUCAGAAGACGUUGCUCCCAGAAGACGUGGACGUCCGAGAAGCCGUAGCGUUUCGGUACACUCAAAAGCAGACGAUUCUGAGAGAUCGGAGGCUCCACGAAGAUCCACCAGACUUAGUCGGACACUGUCGGAGGCUUCUGAAGCCGUCGUGCCGUCAGAAGAGCCAACGACUUCUGAACCCCCGCCGACACCGAAACGUCGUGGGCGACCGAGAAGAUCGGAGUCUAGAGCGACGUCGAGAGCAAGUUCGUUUCUCCCAAAAAUAUCGUUGUUCUUUUUCAGCGCCGCCCAUCACCAAGCCCAUCGGUCUCAUCGACAUCACGUAGCGAACGAGCUCGCGCUCGUUCCGUCUACCGAUAAGGGCGGAAGACGUCGCACGAAGUCUGUAGCCGUCAGAUGUGGUGACGUGGCAAAAGAUAAGAAGGAAGAAGAAAAAGAAGAGGAGGAAGAGCAAGAGAUUCAACUGUCAUCAGUCAAGAUUGCCGCCCGAAAAGUCGAGAAAGCGCCAGAAGACGUCACGAAGAAUCAGAAUCCAGAAGACGAAAAGACGGGUGACGUUCUGAAGCGACGUCUUCUGGGAUCCACGUCAUCUAAGAAGCGUGCAGCUCCAGCUCCACUAACCGCUGGACAACCGACAAGAAGUCGUCAAAUGGAGAGGAUUAAGGCUCCACUGGUGACGAAGAAGAAUUCAGGAGGCGUCGUUACCAAGAAGAAGGAUUCUGAAGACGUCACGAAGGGCCCAGAAGUCAAAAUGGCCAAGACGACGACUUCAGAAGACGUCAUUUCCGAGGAAAAGGAUCCAGAAGGCAUCACGAAGGACCCAGAAAACGUCGUUGCCAUGGAGAAGGCUUCAGAAGACGUCAUCCCCACCACGUCAUCCACAACAUUCGGAGACAUCAGCUCCAGUUCUAACGAAUCCAUCGUGAUAGAUUCUGAAUUUGACGACGUCCCUUUCUUCAGAGCUUCAGCUGGUGCGGACGCGACGUCUUCAAUAUCGACAUCGGCGAUUCAGAAGACUUUGACGGCUCCAGAAUCUUCAGAAGACGUUCUAGAGAAGGUUGAUGAGGCUAUUGAUGUUUCUAGCAUCUACGUGGAUGCUCCAGAAGAGCCCAUUGAAGAAUCGAAGGAUUCAGAAGGCGUCAAGAACUCAGAAUCUCAAAAAGAAGCCGUCAAAGCUCCAGAAUCCACGCCUCGAACGAUUCUGAGUCUUCUGACGAUGAAGACGUCAGUGGCUGCGAAAAGUCCAAAACAGAUUCAAGCUUCCAAAUUCGGCCUGGAUCUUAGUGAUUCUGAAGAGGAAGAAGAGGAUUUGAAGAUUCUUACGUCAUCUGGACCGACGUCAUCUGGACCAACGUCUUCUAAAAUUCCAGAAGUCAAACCACUGACUUCGUUAGCUUCAAAGUAUACAGAACCUCCAAAAGUGGCUCCAUCUACGUCAUCUUCUAAAUUCCCACAAGCAACGUCAUCAGCAGCUCCAGAAUUCACCCGGAAAUUGACUCCGUCCAUUUUCGAGAGCAGCCUAAAUGCACACGACGAGCUGCUUGAAGAUAUUUUGGCUGGAGCACAUCAAAAAGCGGCUCCAAAGAAGGUGCCAGUGGGUCGCUCGAGAAAACAGGCUCCGCCCACUUCUACAGUAACCAAAAAGCUGGAAAAUCCGACGAAAUUGGCGUCGUCUGAAGCCCAGAAGACUCAAGCCCCGCCCACUUCUACAGUAAUCCAAGAAAGUGAGCAAUCUAGUGAUGUCCCAACAAAGCCAGAAGUUUCAAAGGAUACGCAAUCUUAUGCUGAGCAAUCCGAAGCCAAGAAGACCCUACAGGCGCCGCACACUUCUACAGUAACCCAAGUGGAGCCAUCUGGAGCCCAGAAGGCUACCCAAGCUCCGCCCACUUCAAGUUCCGCCUCCUUGUCACAAAAUAAGGCUGAGCAAUCUGAAGCUCCGCCCACUUCUACAGUAGCCAAAUUGACUCCCAGAAAGCCAUCAAAACGCCACGUGGAAUCAGAAGCUCCGCAUACUACAAGCUCCGCCCCCUUGGCUGAGCAAUCCGAAGCAAAAAAGGCACCACAAGCUCCGCCCACUUCUACAGUAAUCCAACAAGAAGAUGAGCAAUCUAAGGAAGAUCCUUCUGAAUCGCAGAAGACGUCAAAAACACAAAUUCCAGCUUCUGUCAAAAAGUUGAAUUCAGGAGACGUCGGAGAAGAGAAGAAGCCACGUGUCUACAAACGUCGAGGAGCAGCUCCGCCCACCGAUCUGGCUCCGCCCAUUUUACAAAAAUCGCUGAAACCAGAAGAAAUACCAAUGCCACGUGUCUCGGCUCGUUUGACUCCGCCCACCACAAAUCAGGCUCCGCUCACUUUGAAACCAGCAAAUUCUGACAAUUUCCUAGACGAUAUCCUAUCUGGCGCUCAUCAGACGGUCCCUAAAGCCGUCCCGCUCCCUCCAAAACCACUGAAACGAAAAGCCACGCCCACAACGACGACGUCGUCUUCAGAAGGCGUUUCAGAAGACGUCGGUGCUGCUGCUCCAAAACGAAAAUACACUAAAAAGACGGCAGGAAUCCAGGUGAUCGAUCCGAUUCCUCUACUACGACGUGGCAGAUCAAAGAGCCGUUCGAGAGCACCUGAAGAGCCGCUGACGUCUUCUGAUGCUGCUCCAGAAUCGGUUGCCACGUCAUCAUUAACGACGAAUUCUAAAAAACCAGGACCAACGAGAGCGAUUAUGAUUGAUGUACCGACGAGACCGCACGGAAAAGCGAUAAGACAAGAGCAGAAGCCAAUGGGACUGAAAGAAGCACAGGAAAAGAGCAAGGAGCGGGGAGGAAAGAGAGUGGAUAAGUCAUUGCUCAUCAUAAAAUCAAAUUUUGCAGAUAAAAUCGCAUUUCCGUCAAGCCCUGGACCUGAAAGUUGGUCCAAACGAGCUGAAACGUCUCUCGAGGACAAGGGCAUCGUCAUUGGCGAUUCGCUACCACUGACGCCUUCAGAUGCUGUAGACGUGAUGAUGGAAUUCCUUCGAGAAUCGUCUCCAGCCGACAUGUGGGCUGUUCUGAUGAGACAGAAGGCCGAUGCGAAUCUGACGCCGUUGAUGAAUACAGAAGAGGAGAAUUUUCUGCAAGUCAGCGCCGGACUCAACGACGAUCAUCAGAUGCUGUUGCAUUUGUUCAUUGGCCGCAUCCUCUACGAGAUUUCUCUCCGCGAUGCAAUCGACUCGAAACAGUGUGGCCGCCUGAUUCGUCUAUUCUGCAACGCCAUCAAAUUCGCCGAGCACAUUCCUUCAGAAGCAGACGACGUCACGUCUUCAGAUGGCGUGGAGACUCUUCUCCAAGAGAAGAAAUCCACGUGGAUGAAGUCCCUUUUCCUGAUUCUCCUUCAUAAAAAUCCCCAUCAACUCGCCAAAUCGCUAGCGUACUGUCUCAUUUCCGACGCCUCCAAAUACUGUGGAUUCCUGGUUGAUGAGUUGGAAAAAUCGCCAGCAACGACGCCUUCUGAAAUCCACGUGGCACUUCGAAUUCUGAUGUUCAAGGAGACGGAUCAGGCGUCGGUGAUCAAUUGGCUUCUGAAUUCCAAGUUCCAGAUGGCCUACGUCCCACAACUAACGAGAGAUGAGAUUCAGACGGCGUGCCACGUGACACAUCAAAGAUUCCUGGAAAAUUCUGACGACGUGGCGAUUCAGAAGACGUCGUUGUACAUGGCAAAGUGUGCGGAUUCGACGAUUCUAGAAGUGACUUUUGGGCUGUUGCAGCAGAAUAUGGAACUUAUUAAGAAGCAGUUUUUGGAGCCCAAGGAGAAGGAUCAGGAGCUGAAACAUCGCACCGUGUUCUCUGUGCCUACUGUAGCUGCUAAGAUGAGCAAUCAGGAAGCUUCGGCCUUGAAUAAAGGAAUUUACUGGCAGAAAAUUAUGCUCCUCGUGAUGAUCGACAAUCCGACGUCGACACAUUCUGGAGAGAUUCUGAAGGCGUUGACAAUGAUUUCACCGCAGAUCGUUGCAUUCCGUGAAAUCGUCGAAUCUUCGAACGUCGAGAGUUUCGUCGACGCGCCGGGCGUCAAAGCACUUCGAGAAUGCGUUCAACACUUUUUGGAGCUCACUUCAGAAUUCACAAAUUUCCCAAUGAAGCCGUCAACACUUCCGACGUCUUCUAGUUAG